CAGCGAGCUCUGGCGCUGCUCAGGGAGAUCUGGGAGGUGAAGUUGGAACCCGACCAAUGGUCAGCUACAGCGCAGGCAUCAGCGCAUGCGAGAAAGGCGAGCAGUGGCAGCGAGCUCUGGCGCUGCUCAGAGAGAUGUGGGAGGCGGAGUUGGAGCCCAGCGUCAUCCUACAGUGCAGGGAUAAGCGCGUGCGAGAAAGGCGAGCAGUGGCAGCGGGCCCUGGCGCUGUUCAGCGAGGUGUGGGAGGCGAAGUUGGAGCUCGAUCUCAUUCAGCUACAAUGCCGGGAUCAGCGCGUGCGGGAAAGGCGAACAGUGGCAGGAGGCCCUGUCCUUGCUCAGCAUGGUGUGGGAGGCAAAGCUGGAGCCCAGUGUCAUCUCUACCUACAUCUCUGGAAUCUGCGCGUGCGAGAAAGGCGAGCAGUGGCAGCGGGCUCUGGCGCUGAUCAGCGAGAUCUGAUCGGCGCUGAUCAUCAGCUACAAUGCCGGGAUCAUCGCGUGCGGGAAAGGCGAACAGUGGCAGCAGGCCCUGUCCUUGCUCAGCAUGGUGUGGGAGGCAAAGCUGGAGCCCAGUGUCAUCUCUACGCGCUAUGGGCCACGACGAGAAGGGUGAGCACUAACAGCACGCUCUGUCGCUGCUCAGCGAGAUGGCGGCUGCGGAGUGGGAGCCAGACGCUAUCAGCUAUAGCGCUGGGGUCGUCGCGUGCGAGAAGGGCGAGCAGUGGCGGCAGGCUCUGUCGCUGCUCAGCGAGAUGGUGCAGGCGAAGUUGGAGCGCAGCGUCGUCAGCUACAGCGCUGGGGUCAGCGCGUGCGAGAAAGCCAACUGUGUCAACUGUCUUGGCCUCGGUGGGAUCUGCCUCUUCCCUGGGAAGAGCUCUGAGCGCUUAUGAUGGGCCUGGUCUCUUGCCAUAUGCGAGCUCUCCGCUGAUCUCCGAUGUAUUUGAGAGGCCUCGUGCAUGUGUGCAACGUCGGGACCAGCGCGUCCGAGAAGGGCGAGCAGUGGCAGCAAUCAGAGUCGAUGUUCAGCGUGAUGGUGCAGGCGAUGUUGGAGCCCGGUGUCAGCCGCUGCCACACCGCGACCAACGCGUGCGAGAAAGGGAAGCCGUGUCAGCGGCCCCUGUCCCUGCUCGACGAGAUGUGGCAGGCGAAGGUGGAUUGUCACGACCUGAGCUUCAACGCCAGUAUCAGCAUACGCGGUAAGCGUGGUGAGUGACAGUAGUGUUUGUUGCGCUGCUGAGCGAGAUGUGUCAGGAGCAUGCUGGAAUCUAGAGUGAUCAACUAUGCUAGGACCUUCGCGUGGGACAGGUGAGCAUCGGCAACACAUCCUGUCGUUGGUCAGCCAGGUGGUGGAGGCAGAGUUGGAGCAGGGGCCAGUGGCACCGUGUCUUGCCGCUGUUCAGCGAGCUGCCACGCGCGACGUUCGAGCCGACCUCAUCAUCUGACGCAGCGCCGCAGCGUCGGGCUCCGCGAUGCGGCACGAGCGCGCCGUGGCAGAACGCCCCUGCGCUGCUCGGCGAGAACUGUGGAGGCGGAGUCGGAGCCCAAGGUCGUCAGCUGCAGCGCGGGCUCGGCCCGCGUGGGAAGGGGGGGGGCAGUGUCCGCGGGCGCCGCUGCGGCUCGGCGGGGCGCGGGCGGCGAAGGUGGAGCGUGGCGUGCCCUCGUCCGCUGCGGCGCCGCGGCCAGCACGCGCGAGAGCGGCGGGCAGAGGCAGCACGGCCUUCCUGCUGCUCCGCGAGACCGCGCGAGCUUGGGGCCCGCGGUCCUCGGCUGCAGCACCCGGGUCGGCGCGCGCGGGAGGGGGGCGGCAGGCAGCGCCGUAGGGGAGAGGGCUCCUGUGGAAGGCCUGGCGCUGCAGCGCAGGCAGCGUGGCGACCCCGGCGCGCGCAGUGAAGCUGGCACUGUGCACAGACGACGCCCGCGAUGCGCGCCCGGUGCCGGAGAGGAGUUCUUUUCACGUUAUCCCCAGAGCCCUCG